GGCGUUCGUGCUAGCCCGGGCUAGCGGCGGCGCGUGCGCGGCUUGGAGAGCGACUCCCUCACCUGGCGUUGCGGCAGCAACCACCGCCGGCCGGGGGCGCGGAGGGUGUGCAGCCCGCCAGGUCCGCCAGGCUCUCCGGGUCCGCUGAGCGUCGGGCGGCGAUGGAGCCGGGGCCCACGGCGCCCUCCUCCGGCGCCGCGAGGCUGGCGGGGGUCAGGGAGAUGCCUCCAGCCGCCGCGCUGGCCGCCGCCGGGAUGGACCUGCCCGGCACGGCCGUGCCCCUGGUGCCGGAGGAUGCUGCGACUGCGAGCCGGGGCGGCGGCGGGGUCCGCGGGGAGGGCGCCGCGGCGGCCGGUGACGGGCAGGGCAGACCCCUGGGGCCCACCCCGAGCCAGAGCCGCUUCCAGGUGGAUCUGGUUUCCGAGAAUGCCGGGCGGGCGGCUGCGGCGGCGGCGGCGGUUAACGCUGGGGCGGCGGCCAAGGAGACCCCCGCGGACGGGAAAGCCAGCGGCGAAAGCGGGCUAGCCAAGGGCAGCGAGGAAGCCAAGGGCCGCUUCCGCGUGAACUUCGUGGACCCGGCUGCCUCUUCUUCGGCAGACGAGAGCAUGUCGGAUGCAGUGGGGAUCGGAGGCGACGGGCCCAACGUGAACUUCCAGAACGGCGGGGACACAGUGCUGAGCGAGGGGAGCAGCCUGCACUCGGGCGGCGGCGGCGGCAGUGGGCACCACCAGCACUACUACUAUGACACCCACACCAACACCUACUAUUUGCGCACCUUUGGCCACAACACUAUGGACGCCGUGCCCAGGAUCGACCACUACCGGCACACGGCAGCGCAGCUGGGCGAGAAGCUCCUCCGGCCCAGCCUGGCGGAGCUCCACGAUGAGCUAGAAAAGGAACCUUUUGAGGAUGGCUUUGCAAACGGGGAAGGAAGUACACCAACCCGAGAGGCUGUGGUCACGUAUACCGCGGAAAGUAAAGGAGUUGUGAAGUUUGGCUGGAUCAAGGGUGUGCUAGUACGAUGUAUGUUAAACAUUUGGGGAGUAAUGCUCUUUAUUAGAUUGUCAUGGAUUGUGGGUCAAGCUGGAAUAGGUCUGUCAGUCCUUGUAAUAAUAAUGGCCACUGUUGUGACAACUAUCACAGGAUUGUCUACUUCGGCAAUAGCUACUAAUGGAUUUGUACGAGGAGGAGGAGCAUAUUAUUUAAUAUCUAGAAGUCUAGGGCCAGAAUUUGGCGGUGCGAUUGGCCUGAUCUUCGCUUUUGCCAAUGCUGUUGCAGUUGCUAUGUAUGUGGUUGGAUUUGCCGAAACUGUGGUGGAGUUGCUUAAGGAACAUUCCAUACUUAUGAUAGAUGAAAUCAAUGAUAUCCGAAUUAUUGGAGCCAUUACAGUGGUGAUCCUUUUAGGUAUCUCAGUAGCUGGAAUGGAGUGGGAGGCAAAAGCUCAGAUUGUUCUUUUGGUGAUUCUACUACUUGCUAUUGCUGAUUUCGUCAUAGGAACAUUUAUCCCAUUGGAGAGCAAGAAACCCAAAGGUUUCUUUGGUUAUAAGUCUGAAAUAUUUAAUGAGAACUUUGGGCCAGAUUUUCGGGAGGAAGAGACCUUUUUUUCUGUGUUUGCCAUCUUUUUUCCUGCCGCAACUGGUAUUCUGGCUGGAGCAAAUAUCUCAGGUGAUCUUGCAGAUCCUCAGUCAGCCAUACCCAAAGGAACACUCUUAGCCAUUUUAAUUACUACGGUGGUUUACAUAGGAAUUGCAGUAUCUGUAGGUUCUUGUGUCGUUCGGGAUGCUACGGGGAACGUUAAUGACACUAUUGUAACAGAGCUAACAAACUGUACUUCUGCAGCCUGCAAAUUAAACUUUGACUUUUCAUCUUGCGAAAGCAAUCCUUGUUCCUAUGGCCUAAUGAACAACUUCCAGGUAAUGAGCAUGGUGUCAGGCUUUGCACCACUAAUUUCUGCAGGUAUCUUUUCAGCCACUCUUUCUUCUGCAUUAGCAUCCCUUGUGAGUGCGCCCAAAAUAUUUCAGGCCUUAUGUAAGGACAACAUCUACCCAGCUUUCCAGAUGUUUGCUAAAGGUUAUGGGAAAAAUAAUGAACCUCUUCGUGGCUACAUCUUAACAUUCUUAAUUGCACUUGGAUUCAUCUUAAUUGCUGAACUGAAUGUCAUUGCUCCAAUUAUCUCUAACUUCUUCCUUGCAUCGUAUGCGUUGAUCAAUUUUUCAGUAUUUCAUGCAUCACUUGCAAAAUCUCCAGGAUGGCGCCCUGCCUUCAAAUACUACAACAUGUGGAUAUCACUACUUGGAGCAAUUCUUUGUUGCAUAGUGAUGUUUGUCAUUAACUGGUGGGCUGCAUUGCUAACGUAUGUGAUAGUUCUUGGACUUUACAUUUAUGUUACCUACAAAAAACCAGAUGUGAACUGGGGAUCCUCCACACAAGCCCUGACUUACCUGAAUGCACUGCAGCAUUCGAUUCGUCUUUCUGGAGUGGAAGACCAUGUGAAGAACUUCAGGCCACAGUGUCUUGUUAUGACAGGUGCUCCAAACUCACGCCCAGCUUUACUUCAUCUUGUUCAUGAUUUCACAAAAAAUGUUGGUUUGAUGAUCUGUGGUCAUGUACAUGUGGGCCCUCGAAGACAAGCUAUGAAAGAGAUGUCCAUUGAUCAAGCCAAAUAUCAGCGAUGGCUUAUUAAAAACAAAAUGAAGGCUUUUUAUGCUCCAGUACAUGCAGAUGAUUUGAGAGAGGGUGCACAAUAUUUGAUGCAGGCUGCUGGUCUUGGGCGUAUGAAACCAAACACACUUGUCCUUGGAUUUAAGAAAGAUUGGUUGCAAGCAGAUAUGAGGGAUGUGGAUAUGUAUAUAAACUUAUUUCAUGACGCCUUUGAUAUACAAUACGGAGUAGUAGUUAUCCGCCUAAAAGAGGGUCUGGAUAUAUCUCAUCUUCAAGGACAAGAAGAAUUACUGUCAUCACAAGAGAAAUCUCCUGGUGUCAAGGAUGUGGUACUAAGUGUGGAGUAUAGUAAAAAAUCAGAUUUAGAUACUUCUAAACCAUCUAGUGAAAAAUCCAUUACACAUAAAGAUGAGGAAGAGGAUGGCAAGACUCCAAUUCAACCACUGUUGAAAAAAGAAUCCAAAGGCCCUGCUGUGCCUUUAAAUGUAGCUGACCAAAAGCUUCUUGAAGCCAGUACACAGUUUCAGAAAAAACAGGGAAAGAACACUAUUGAUGUCUGGUGGCUUUUUGAUGAUGGAGGUUUGACCUUAUUGAUACCUUAUCUUCUGACUACCAAGAAAAAGUGGAAAGAUUGUAAGAUCAGAGUAUUCAUUGGUGGAAAAAUAAACAGAAUAGACCAUGACCGGAGAGCGAUGGCUACUUUGCUUAGCAAGUUCCGGAUAGACUUCUCUGAUAUCAUGGUCUUAGGAGAUAUUAAUACUAAACCAAAGAAAGAAAAUAUUGUAGCUUUUGAUGAAAUGAUUGAGCCAUACAGACUUCAUGAAGAUGAUAAAGAACAAGAUAUUGCAGAUAAAAUGAAAGAAGAUGAACCAUGGCGAAUAACAGAUAAUGAGCUUGAACUUUAUAAGACCAAGACAUACCGGCAGAUCAGGUUAAAUGAAUUAUUAAAGGAACAUUCAAACACAGCUAGUAUCAUUGUCAUGAGUCUCCCAGUUGCACGAAAAGGUGCUGUGUCUAGUGCUCUCUACAUGGCAUGGUUAGAAGCUCUAUCCAAGGACCUACCACCAAUUCUCCUAGUCCGUGGGAAUCAUCAGAGUGUCCUUACCUUCUAUUCUUAAAUGUUCUGUCUGCACAGUGGACAGCCCUCCAGACGGUACUUCAGUGCCUAGUGAAGUAACUGCUAUCACUGAAAUCUUCAAUGACACGUUAACAUCACAAUGGCAAACUGACUUAUUUUCGCUAUUUCAUUAAUUUGAAAGCACACAGAGAAGUUGCUCCAUUGCUAUGUGUAUGGAGACUUCAGUUUUAGUCAAUUCCGUGUCUCUAUCUUAGUGAACGAUGACUCCUUGUUGUUGGACUGAAGCUUG